AUGGACGGGAAUAGCAGCAAGUGGACGGGGAACGGACUGGACUUCCGUUGCUGGCUCGCACGAGAGACAAUGAGGAGCAGCACGGGUGAAGUGAAGGCGUGGCGCAGGAGUGGGAGAGCGGUAGACGGAGCGUGUGUGUGUGUGCCUCAUGGCCUGUAUCAGCAGCAGACAACCAGCAACAUGGAGCAGCAACGUCUGAAGUCUGGAGCACGGGCCGCAGCAGAGUGCUGUGCUGCUUGGGGCGAAUGUGUGGCGCAGGAGCGGCAGGCUCUGCCAAGGAGGAGAAGUGCCUUCAAGCUCUGGAGUGUGGCAGACUGCUCUUGUGAACCUGCCUGCCCAUCGGUGGAGAAAACAAGAUUCUCUCCCUUUCACCGCAAGAGCAACGCGGCGGGGGUCGCGACGAGAGCAACAACUGUAGCAGCAGCAGCAGCAGCAGCAGCAGCAGCAGCAGCAGCAGCAGCAGCAGCAGCAGGCGACUACGAGCACCAGGAGCACGGGCAGCAGCAGGGAGCUGCUCGGGGCGAAUGCUUGGCGCAGCAGCAACGGAGCAGCCUGGAGCAGCACACAGGCGUGGUGCAGGAGGGGCACAGCGGCCGAGCGUCAAAGCGGCAGACGGAGCGUGCAGCUGUGGGGGGAGCAGUGGCAGCAACAGCAGUGCUGCGUAUUGUUCAUGGUAGAACUCGUGGGUGGGAUGGGGUGGGCACUGGGCUGCCUGGAAGGCGCCAAGGCACAAACAAACACUCAUGCAGGGCGGAGAAUCCUCCUGCAGCAUGUGCUGUGCGACUCCAUGAUGACAUGACAUGCCUGCUGCUGCGCCGCGGCGUGCAGAGGACUUGA